CUCGCGAGAGCGUAGCCCGGAAGUUUUCCGUCCUGAACCUUGGUGGGGGCCCACGUGAGUUGGGUUUAGAAGUGCUCGGGUCUUGCUACCCUACCUUCAGGAGCAGGAGUUCGGGCGCCAUGGGGAAGCUGCGCCGGAGGUACAACAUCAAGGGGCGCCAGCAGGCGGCCCCCGGCACCUCUAAAGGCCCUCCCGAGCCGCCCCCCGUGCGGCUGGAACUGGAGGAUAAGGACACGUUGAAAGGAGUCGAUGCAAGCAACGCUCUUGUCCUUCCCGGGAAGAAGAAGAAAAAGACCAAAGCCCCUCCCCUGUCCAAGAAGGAGAAGAAGCCGCUGACCAAGAAAGAACGGAAGAUGCUGCAGAGAAUCUUAGACCAGAAGGAGAAGAAGAGCCAGCGAGCUGAGAUGCUACAGAAAUUGAGUGAAGUCCAGGUUUCAGAAGCUGAGAUGAGACUCUUCUACACCACGUCCAAGCUGGGCACUGGAGAACGCAUGUACCACACCAAAGAGAAACUGGAUGAUGUGGCAGCCCAGGGUCCAGAGAAGAUCAGCAGCCUCAGUGGGGCCCACCGGAAGCGCCGCCGCCAGGAGGCCGAAGAGGAGUCUGAAUCCUCAGUGGACUCUGAACCCGAGGAGGCCCCAACAGACAAUCGGUCAGAGGCCAGCGCAGGGUCGGCCCCAGCGCACGUGCCACCAGCUCCAUCUGGGGCCAGGGGCCAGAGCCCAGUGCCCAGCGGCCCAGCUGAGACUCCUGCCCCUCCAGCAGCUACUCCCGCGGCAGCCUCUGCCCUGGCCAGGCCCCCAUCGAAGCCCGCAGUCUUCAUCCCCGUGAACCGCUCCCCCGAAAUGCAGGAAGAGCGGCUGAAGCUCCCGAUUCUCUCUGAAGAACAAGUGAUCAUGGAGGCAGUGGCUGAGCACCCUAUCGUCAUCAUAUGUGGUGAGACCGGCAGCGGGAAGACCACCCAGGUGCCGCAGUUUCUCUACGAAGCAGGCUACAGCAGCGACAACAGCAUCAUCGGCGUCACGGAGCCCCGCCGAGUGGCCGCCGUGGCCAUGUCCCAGCGAGUAGCCAAGGAGAUGAAUCUGUCGCCACGGGUCGUCUCCUACCAGAUCCGAUAUGAAGGAAACGUGACCGAAGAGACCAGAAUCAAGUUCAUGACUGAUGGGGUCUUGCUCAAGGAAAUCCAGAAGGACUUCCUGCUGCUGAAGUACAAGGUGGUGAUCAUCGACGAGGCCCACGAGAGGAGCGUGUACACUGACAUCCUCAUCGGCCUCCUGUCCCGCAUCGUGUGUCUCCGGGAGAAGUGUUCCUGGCCCCGGGUGGCCGUGGGUCCCCGGUCUCUCGUUCCCCAGAGGCACCUACCGCUGAAGCUGCUCAUCAUGUCGGCCACGCUGCGAGUGGAGGACUUCACCCAGAACCAGCGGCUCUUCACCCAGCCACCCCCGGUCAUCAAGGUCGAGUCCCGGCAGUUCCCGGUGACAGUGCACUUCAACAAGCGGACGCCACUGGAAGACUACAGUGGGGAGUGCUUCCGGAAGGUCUGCAAGAUCCAUCGCAUGCUGCCCGCAGGCGGCAUCCUGGUGUUCCUCACGGGGCAGGCGGAGGUGCACGCGCUGUGCCGCAGGCUGAGAAGAGCCUUCCCCCUCACCAGACACAGGCCCCCAGAAAAGGACGAUCAAAGAGAUUCAGUAGAAGAAACAAGGAGGUUUAAGAAGUCACGGGCACGGGCGAAGAAGGCCCAGGCCAUGACGCUGCCCCAGAUCAGCUUGGACAGUUACUCGGUGCUGCCAGCGGGCGAAGGCGAUGAGGAUAGGGAGGCAGAAAUGGACGACGAGGAGGAGGAGGCCCUGGGCUCCGACCUGGACCUGGACUUAGGGGACCACGGAGCGGACGGAGGUGAGCAGCCAGAUGCCUCGCUCCCCCUCCACGUGCUCCCUCUGUACUCGCUGCUGGCCCCGGAGAAGCAGGCGCAGGUCUUCCAACCUCCCCCAGAGGGGACACGGCUCUGUGUCGUGGCCACCAACGUAGCCGAGACGUCCCUGACCAUCCCAGGCAUCAAGUACGUGGUAGACUGUGGAAAGGUCAAGAAGCGGCACUACGACCGUGUCACUGGCGUGUCCUCCUUCCGCGUCACCUGGGUCUCCCAGGCCUCAGCUGAUCAGCGGGCAGGCCGCGCGGGCCGGACAGAGCCUGGCCACUGCUACAGACUCUACUCAUCUGCAGUUUUCGGUGACUUUGAGAAGUACCCCCCUCCUGAAAUCACCCGGAGGCCGGUGGAGGAUUUGAUCCUUCAGAUGAAAGCUCUCAACAUCGAAAAGGUCAUCAACUUCCCCUUUCCGACACCCCCCUCCAUGGAGGCCCUCAUGGCUGCUGAGGAGCUGCUGAUUGCACUGGGUGCCCUGCAGGCUCCCCCAAAAACAGAAAGGGUGAAGCAGCUGCAGAGGUCCCGGCUGAGCUGCCCCAUCACCGAGCUGGGCAGGACCAUGGCCACGUUCCCUGUGGCGCCACGCUAUGCCAAGAUGCUGGCGCUAAGCAGGCAACAUGGCUGCCUGCCCUACGCCAUCACCAUUGUGGCCGCCAUGACCGUCCGGGAGCUGUUCGAAGAGCUGGACAGGCCAGCCGCCAGUGACGAGGAGCUCGCCAGACUGAAGGGCAAGCGGGCCCGCGUGGCUCAGAUGAAGAGGAUCUGGGCAGGGCAAGGAGCUUCUCUGAAGCUUGGAGACCUCAUGGUACUGCUGGGCGCCGUGGGAGCCUGCGAGUACUCAGGCUGCUCACCCCAGUUCUGCGAGGCCAACGGACUGCGGUACAAGGCCAUGAUGGAGAUCCGGCGCCUGCGGGGCCAGCUGACCACCGCAGUCAACACCAUGUGCCCUGAGGCCGGGCUCUUCGUGGACCCUAAGAUGCAGCCGCCUAACGAGAACCAGGUGACCUACCUGCGGCAGAUUGUGACAGCCGGCCUGGGUGACCACCUGGCCCGCAAAGUCCAGAGCGAGGACCUGGUAGACGACAAGUGGAAGAACGCCUACAAGACCCCCCUCCUCGACGACCCUGUCUUCAUCCACCCCAGUUCUGUGCUCUUCAAGGAGCUCCCUGAGUUUGUGGUCUACCAGGAGAUCGUGGAGACCACUAAGAUGUACAUGAAAGGUGUAUCGACCGUGGACAUGCAGUGGAUCCCGGUCCUGCUGCCUUCUUACUGCCAGUUUGACAAGCCCCUGGAGGAGCCGCCCCCCGCCUACUGCCCCGAGAAGGGCCGGAUGCUGUGUCACCGGGCCAGCGUGUUCUAUCGCGUUGGCUGGCCGCUCCCGGCUGUCCAGGUGGAUUUUCCAGAAGGCCUUGACUGCUACAAACACUUUGCCCGGGUUCUGCUGGAGGGGCAGGUCUUCCCCAAGCUGGCCUCAUACAAGGGCUGUUUGCUGUCCAGCCCCAGCACGAUGCUGAAGACAUGGGCCAGGCUGCAGCCCAGGACAGAGAGCCUCCUGAGAGCCCUUGUUGCCAAGAAAGCCAACUGCCGAGAUGCCUUGCUGGUGGCUUGGAGCAAAAACCCCAAAUACCUGCUGACUGAGUACCUUGAGUGGCUCCCACAGGCCGUGCACGCUGAUGUUGAGAAAGCCUGGCCACCCACCCGUGACCACUGAUGCGUGCAGGCCAAGGGGGCCUGGCAGCCAUCAGGGUCCACUGUGGCCGCCCUGAAUCCAGACUGCACCCAGGAAACAGGUGGAGCCCUGGGACACCCUCUUGGCUCAAUCCUGGGCACAACUUGCUGCCAUCCUGGGCAGUCCAACCCAGGGUGACUUUUUUAACUGUUUAUUACAAAAUGGAUAAUGGUUUUAUCUCCCACGCUGGUCCCGUUUUAAACAUGCUCUGUGGACUACAUUAGUCCCUUGUAGAGCAGCAGGGCUCUUUGUUCCCUGCCGGUAUGGUGCAAGCCCCUCCCCUGCCGCAGCCAGGGAGGGCCCCCAGGGCUCCAGCUGGCUCCUGUGGAGCUGGCGGGGUCAGCUCCCCGCCGUCUACAUUGCUGUGUAAUAAAUCCUAACUGACAACAGCUA